GACUGACUGGUAGUGGUAAUUUUUUUUAUAGGAGUUGCUGUUCUCUGGGGUCCCUGUUCUUCGACCCCUCCAUCCCGUGUUAAAUUUAGGGCUUUGACUUCUCUCUCCCUCUCGCUCGAUUUCGCUCGUUACAGAACUUCACUCGGUUUAUCAUUUUCCAUUUUGAGUACAAGACUUCGUCCCUAUCUUUUCCAGGCUGGGGGAUUUUUUUGUGAUGAAAGUUCUAGUCUUCAGGUCAUUGCGAUUGAUUUUUGUUAGCUUUGGCAUUUUUCUGGCCGAUUCAUGUGGCUUCUUAAAUUUAGCUGAUUGAGUUCUUAUUUGAUGUAUUCUUUUCUCCUUAUACUGUGCUCAAGUUUUUUUAUGCAGAAAAUUAUGAAAGCAUCCAGUCCUUUUGAUGUGUACCUGUCUAGCGAUGUUUAAAUAGAAGCCAGUAUUACGGUUAUUGACCUUGGAGCUCAGAUGGAUGAUAGUGGCCAUCGGGAGAAUGGGAGACACAACCCACUUCAGCGUCCGUGGCAUAUGCAGCAUCAGCCAUCAAUCGGUCAAAUAAUGGCUGCUAUGGCCGAACGAGACGCUGCUCUCCAAGAAAGAAAUCUAGCAUUUUCGGAGAAAAAGGCAGCCUUGGCAGAGCGAGAUCUGGCCAUCCUGCACCGCAAUUCUGCAAUUUUGGAACGAAACAGUGCCAUUAUGGCACGCGACAAAGCCAUCACAACUCUUCAAAAUCGCAAAAAUGCCAUGACUCUUGGAGUGAAGCAUGAACACCAACCACACCACUACCGGCCCCAAACAGACGAAACUCCAUACAAUUCAGGUGAUAUUCACAUAAGCGGUCCCCUAAAAAUGUCGCCAGUUCCCUUGGAGGCUAAAAAACAAACGAAGGAAGCCAAGACGGCGACACAUAACAAAAAGCCUUCCAAAAUUUCGAAAAGGGUUAAGAGGGAAAAAGGAGAAGGAGAUGAGAUGGGGUUGAACCAGGUGGCAUUUCAUGGGACUACAACGCCAGUCCCCGUUUGCUCCUGCACCGGAAUCUUACGGUCGUGCUACAAGUGGGGAAAUGGGGGUUGGCAGUCGUCCUGCUGCACAACAGCCGUGUCGAUGUAUCCCCUGCCAGCGGUGCCGCACAAGCGGCAUGCUAGGGUUGGCGGGCGGAAGAUGAGUGGAAGUGCUUUCAACAAGCUGCUUAGCCGACUAGCAGCUGAAGGCCAUGAUUUGUCCAGUCCUGUUGAUCUUAAGAACAAUUGGGCAAAGCAUGGGACGAAUCGUUACAUCACCAUCAAGUAGUCCGUGAAGAAACUUGAAUAAGCUUUCAUAGGGCAGGUACAGAUCCUUGAUGCUUCUUUGGUUUUAGGGGAAGAUAUAGUUCCAUUAGCAAGAAAUACAGAUUAGGGAAAGCCAGCCGAGUACUAGUAAGCCAGUUCAAAAAAGUACUAGUAAGCCAGCCACGUACUAGUCUCUCUCUUUCAUGGUAAGCCGUUUUUUCGUCUUCUCACUUGAUCAUCGCUUGCCUUCUCUUCUGGUUCUAGUUUCUCUCCCCGAUCGGUACACUGUUCAUUCAUUCUCUUGGUUUAAGUAGUUGAAUGUGUUGAUUGACACUGAGGCUUUCUGUCCAUUUAGCUGGAGAUAACUAUAAUCAGGUUGUAUUUCAUAGUCUUGUUGUAGUUGGAAGUGCACGCAAACUGGCCGGAAUACCUGAAUUGUUGUGAAAAAAGAAGUCUUCUUGUACUUGUACAACAGAAUACUAAUUUUAUUCGAAAAUCAUUUCCAUGUUCUGGGAUA